UUUCGAUGAAUCGAAAUCAACUCUGACAAUAAUUCAACUCGAUACAUUUUUUUUUGAACAGUGCUGCCACCUGCCGGCAAAAAGGUUCGGUGUGCGCGCGUAAUUUGAAAAGAACAUAAGAAGAAGAACGAGCACACACAAUGGCGAAACAAAAUCCAAACAAGGAAAUACCCAGCUUUACAUCGGUUUGCGGUGCCAGACGCAUCUGCUCGAAAUCGAAAAUGUUAUACACACGACCCAAGCCCGAUGUGCUGCAAAGCAUAUUGCAAUCAAAAGCGAAUUCAGAAUACAAAUCACGAAAGCUGUGGUAUGAACUCAAUAUGCCCGAAUGUGCCAGCCGCUUGUUUGAUGGCCAAAUGCUGUCGGAUCUACCCGAGAGUUUAGUGGCCACAAAAUCACGAUCACGGCACAGAGCAUCCGACAAGUCAGGUGAUCAGGGCAAGCCAACGUCUCAUUACAUGGCCAUGCGAAAAGAGAGAGAGAACUUUCGCCGUAAACUAGUGGAGCUCAUUCUUAAUAUGGACGAAGGUGGUGAAGAAGCUCCCACAGCAGAUACUGCUUUUCCAGAUCAAAGUGAACGUGAAGUUUUACGAUAUUAUUACUACAUCAAGCAUGGCAUUGACACAAUACACGUGUCCACCAUCAGUAAAAAGACACUGAAAAGAAUUAUAAAUCUAGUUCCACCAUUAUUAAAAAAAUGGGAGUCAGCAUUAGUUGAAAACAUUGCUGAGGUGCGUUCGGAUUAUGUGUUUGCCAUGAAAAAGGCGGUGGUCGAUUUUGUUUUAAGGCAUUCGGUGUUGGAUCGCCUAACUCAAGAAGGAACUCCAGCGACGUUUGAGACUCCAGAACGCAAGGAAAUUAAAAUACUCAUGAAUCACUGGCGAUAUCGCUACGAUGAGAAUCGCAGUCGUUUGAUGAAAACCCUCUUCUGCAUCCAUCGAAGCGUUGCCAGCAUCCUGGAGGUCUGGAGCAUGAAGUAUAGCAGCAAGUUCUUGGUCAACAUCGAGGAGCUUAGCAAGGUCGAACAGCCUUUCACACUCUUUAAUUUUGUGUAUAUCUGUGGAGGUCACAUAGAUGUGGCCAAGCAAAUGCUAGAGGAUAUUUGGUAUGGAGAGAUCCAUACGACGCUGUUGAGGGCCAGCAAACGUGGCCAACUGCCGGACAUCAGACGCAUGACGUUGGUGAAGCGUUUCUUCAAUUGUGUCGCUGCUUUAAUGACACAACAGCUCGAGGACAUUUGCAUACGCAGCUUGAAGGCAUUCGCUGAUUACGUUUGCGAUUUUGGCCACUCAAAUCCUGGCUUUGAGAUCUCAAUCUUCCUUGCCGAGGAGGAUACCAUAGCCUUCAAUCCCAGUUUCUCCAAGAUUCAGAGCGAACUGUUGCGCGUCAUAGAUUCAAUUGUGAUGAGUGUGCAAUCGAUGCCACGCAUUGAGGGAAAACUCUAUACGGAUCUUAAAAUCUCUAAGAAGUUCUACUUGACACCAACGGUGCCCGAUAGCAUUGUGGCUGACACCAAGAAUCGGAUUUGCAUGAUGCUGGAGGAGCAACGUAUUGGACCCGAGUUGCGUUUGCAAGAUUUUGAUCAGUUUAUCGAUCUGAUCAACGGCAUCGAUGCUGAACGUGUGGGACGCUUCAUGGAGGGCGAUGCAACUUUUGAGCAGUACAUCGAUAUGGUGUACGAGUAUCGGGAGAAGGAGGAUCGCAUUGCCAAGGAAGUGUGGGGCGUUAUACGCAUGGGACUCUAUGAGUUUCAUCGUGAGAAGUUUAUCGAUCACAUGGAACAGUUGGCACGACAAUUGCAAUCGGAUUUGCUGUCUAGAAUGGUGGCAGAUCAGCAGGCUAGGAUUAGUCGCCUAGGUAAAGAAUACGAUAUGAUUGCGAAGAAGGCGUUGACAGUGCCCAAGGACACCGCCGAGUUGAUGGAACUCAAAGCUUAUGUGGUGCAUGCCGAGGAGAAUCUGGUGCCGGAGAUGGAGACGCGUCUGAAAGUCAACAUGACAGAGAUACUUUGGCUAAUGGAUCACACUCUCUACUCGCCGUUGGAGAUUAAGAACAACAGCAAUUCGUUCCAAUGGUAUCUGAAGUUGGCAUCAGUGUUUGAACAGCAUCGCGGCAUCAUUGCCGAGAAGAUGAUCGAGUACCAGGAGCUGCUCAAGAAGCGCAUCGAAAUGUUCCGCCGCGAGCUGCAAAACUAUUACGAUCAAGUACAAGGCUACGACACUUGGGGCGACAUUAAGCAGCUGUCCAAGUACAAGAAACGUGCCACAGUUCUCGAUCAGCGACUUGUCACCGCCAUGGAGACCAUCGAUCAGAUCAACGAGGAGGAAACCGCCUAUGGCUGGGAUCUCUCACAGUAUCCGGUGCGCAAGAAGACCCACGAUCAACUGAAGCCCUAUAAGAAUCUCUUUGAUGCCGGCCAAGACUUUAUUGACAAGUGGGAGACGUGGAUGUACUCACAAGUGGGUUCGUUUGAUCCCGAUGAGAUUGAUGGCGAUGUGGCCAACUUUUAUCGCGUCAUUCAGAAGCUGGAGAAGCAGAUGGGUGAACAUCCUACGACCAUGCAGCUCAUACUUGAUGUCAAGGAGCAAAUUGAACAUUUCCGCGGUCAUAUGCCGAUUAUCAAUACCUUGGGCAAUCCGGGUAUGAAGGCGCGUCAUUGGGAGCAAGUUUCCGAGAUUAUUGGCUUCCCCAUCAAGGUGUCACCGGAGCUGACGCUCGAGAAGAUUAUAGAGUAUCAGCUGGACGAGUAUGUGCCCAAAUUCGAGGCGAUCUCGGAGAGUGCUACCAAGGAGAACAAUCUAGAGAAGGCCAUGGCCAAAAUGGUCAGCGAAUGGGAGGGCGUCGAGUUCAAUAUAUCGCCAUACAGAGAUUCAGGCACCUUCAAGUUGUCUGCCGUGGAUGACAUACAGAUUCUGCUGGACGAUCAAAUCAUCAAGACGCAGACUAUGAAGAGCUCACCCUACAUCAAACCCUUCGAGGCGGACAUACUCAAGUGGGAAGCCAAGCUUAUGUUGCUGCAAGAAAUUCUGGACGAGUGGCUGCGAGUUCAAGCUACUUGGAUGUAUCUGGAGCCCAUAUUCAGCAGUCCCGACAUUCAACAGCAAAUGCCUGAAGAAGGACGUCGCUUCAGCGCUGUGGAUAAGAUCUGGAAGGAACUAAUGAAACAAGUGGCUUCCGAUCCGCGUGUCAUGACCGUCGUGCAAAUCGACAAGAUGAACGACAAGCUAAAGAAGGCUUAUUAUCUGCUGGAGAUUAUACAAAAGGGACUCAAUGCUUACCUGGAGAAGAAGCGUUUGUAUUUCCCACGUUUCUUCUUCCUCUCCAACGACGAGUUGCUUGAAAUUCUCUCAGAGACCAAGGAUCCCACACGCGUCCAGCCGCAUCUCAAGAAGUGUUUCGAGGGCAUUGGCACACUCAACUUUACCGAGGAACUGGAGGUCACCGCUAUGCGUUCCUCGGAGCGUGAGGAAGUCGUACUGGUGGAUGUCAUCUCAACGGCUAAGGCGCGAGGUCAGGUGGAGAAGUGGCUGCUUGAGCUGGAGAUCGACAUGAAGAAAAGUUUGCAUCACAAGAUCUCUGAGGCCUUCUACAGCUAUGUGAAGAUGCAGCGCAACAUUUGGGUUUUGACUUGGCCCGGGCAGUCGGUGCAAUCGAUAUCCUUGACCUAUUGGACGCUGGAGAUCACCGAGUGCUUUCUCAGCGAGACACCUAAAGAAAGUUUGGCGAAAUAUUUGCAAAAAUGCAUGAUGCAAAUCAACAAGAUUGUCGAUCUAGUGCGUGGAGAUCUCAACACACAGAAUCGCAUAACUCUCGGAGCUUUGGUUGUGCUCGAUGUGCAUGCUCGCGAUGUAUUGGCGGAUAUUGUGGAGAAGGGUGUUGACGAUCUGCAAGACUUUCAGUGGUUGUGCCAGCUGCGCUAUUACUGGGAGGAUAACAAUCUGGACACUAGAAUGAUUAAUUGCUCCCUGCCUUAUGGUUACGAGUAUCUGGGGAAUACUCCACGUCUGGUUGUCACUCCUUUGACCGAUCGUUGCUAUCGCACGCUGUUUGCUGCUCUCAAUCUACAUUUGGGUGGCGCUCCUGAAGGUCCUGCGGGCACUGGCAAAACGGAGACCACCAAGGAUUUGGCCAAGGCUGUGGCCAAGCAGUGUGUGGUGUUUAAUUGCUCUGAUGGCUUGGAUUACUUGGCGCUGGGCAAGUUCUUCAAGGGCUUGGCUUCGUGUGGCGCCUGGUCUUGCUUUGAUGAGUUCAACCGCAUUGAUUUGGAAGUGUUGUCUGUGGUCGCUCAACAGAUCUUAACCAUUCAGCGAGGCAUCAAUUCAGGUUCGCCAACGCUAGUGUUUGAGGGUACCACGCUUACUUUGGAUCCCACUUGCGCUGUCUUUAUCACCAUGAAUCCUGGCUAUGCUGGUCGCUCCGAGUUGCCCGAUAAUCUGAAGGCCUUGUUCCGUUCUGUGGCCAUGAUGGUGCCGGAUUAUGCCUUGAUUUCCGAGAUUGAAUUGUACUCUUAUGGUUUCCUUACCGCCAAGCCUCUUUCGGUUAAGAUUGUGGCAACCUAUCGCUUGUGCUCGGAGCAGUUGAGUACUCAGUGCCAUUAUGAUUAUGGCAUGCGUGCUGUCAAGUCUGUGCUGAAGGCUGCUGGCGCCUUGAAGCUGCGCUAUCGCGAUGAGAAUGAAGAUAUUUUGGUGCUACGCUCCAUUAAGGACGUCAAUCUGCCCAAAUUCUUGAACCAGGAUAUUCCGCUAUUCCAGGGCAUUACCUCCGAUCUGUUCCCGGGUGUUACGCUGCCCGAGGCCGAUUAUGUGAUCUUCAAUGCCUGCGUUCAGUUGGCUUGUGAGCGGCAGAACAAACAGUGCACGCCGUUUGUGCUCGAGAAGGUUCAACAGCUCUACGAGAUGAUUGUGGUGCGCCACGGUCUAAUGCUGGUGGGUAAUCCAUUUGGUGGCAAGACCACCACAUAUCGCGUUCUCGCUGAGGCGUUGGAGUGCAUGGAGAAGAAGGAUGGCUCCGAGAAUAAGGCGAUCUUCACGAUCAUCAAUCCCAAGGCUAUUACCAUGGGACAGCUCUAUGGACAGUUUGAUGCAGUCUCCCAUGAGUGGAGCGAUGGUAUUCUGGCUGUGAACUAUCGCCUCUUUGCAGUCUCCGAUUCCCCAGAUCGCAAGUGGUUGAUCUUUGAUGGUCCCGUGGAUGCUAUUUGGAUUGAGAACAUGAACACAGUACUGGACGAUAAUAAGAAACUCUGUUUGAUGUCUGGCGAGAUUAUACAGCUGUCCAAUACGACCAAUUUAAUAUUUGAGCCAAUGGAUUUGGAGGUUGCUUCGCCAGCGACUGUUUCGCGUUGUGGCAUGAUCUAUUUGGAGCCAAGUUCGCUGGGCUGGGAACCGCUGGUCACAUCCUGGAAGAACACUUUGCCCGCCUCGUUUCACAGCGUGAGCAAGAAUUUAAUCUCAAUGCUGGUACAACGUUUCUGUCCUCUAUUGUUGUAUGUGGUGAGGAAGAGUUUGCGUGAAAUUGCGCCAACUUCGGAUACCAAUUUGAUGGUCAGCUUGAUGAAUUUCUUUGAGUGCUUCAUCGAUGAUUUUCGUGAUGAGAAAUAUGUGGCCAACAUAUCUGAUUUGGACUUUCGCGCCCAGGUCGAGGGCAUCUUUUUGUUCUCCGCCAUUUGGUCGCUGGGUGGCUCACUGACUGCCGAGAGUAGAGAGAAGUUUAACCUAAUCUUUCGUGCGUUACUGGAGAAAACGUUUCCACAAAGCCUUUACGACACUUACGAUGUCCCCGAGGAUCUCUAUGUGGACACGCUGGCCAAGCCAUUCAUCUUUCCCAUACCCAAGCAGGGGUCGGUCUUCGAUUAUCGUUACAUCAAGGAGGGCAAAGGCAAGUGGAAGCCGUGGCAGGAUGAUGUGAACUCGGCGCCCCCAUUACCACGUGAUAUACCCGUCAAUCAGAUCAUCAUUCAGACCAAUGAGAGUGUGCGCAUUGCUGCCGUGAUUGAUCUGUUGGUGCGACAUGGUAAACCCUUGAUGUUAGUGGGUCCAACAGGCACGGGCAAGAGUGUCUAUGUCAUCGACUAUAUGCUCAAUCGCAUGGAUCUAUCGACUUACAAACCAUUGCUCAUCAGUUUCUCGGCUCAAACUUCGGCUAAUCAGACACAGGACAUCAUCAUGUCCAAGCUGGACAAGCGUCGCAAGGGCGUCUUUGGUCCACCGCUCAAUAGUCGCUAUGUCAUCUUUGUGGACGAUGUUUCAAUGCCACUAAAGGAGAACUAUGGUGCUCAGCCGCCCAUUGAGCUGCUGCGCAUGAUGCUUGAUCACAUGAUGUGGUACGAUCGCAAGAAUAUUGUGCCCAUGAAGCUGAUUGAUCUGCAGAUGAUUGUCGCUAUGGGACCGCCUUCGACGGGCAAUACGGUCACACCGCGUUUCCAGCGCUUCUUCAAUGUGGUGUCUAUCGAUGACUUUAACGACGACAUCAUGAACACCAUCUUUGGCAAGAUUGUGCUGUGGCAUUUGGAUACACGCGGCUUCUCGAAGGAGUUUGAUCCGUGCAUCGACGAGAUUGUAAACGCCACACUUUCAGUCUACAACGAUGCGAAGUUGAAUCUGCUGCCCACGCCAGCCAAGUCGCAUUAUCUGUUCAAUCUGCGCGAUUUCUCGCGUGUAAUACAGGGUGUCUUGCUGUCGGUGCCCGAGGCAACGGAGGACAUGAAUUCGAUGCGUCGUCUGUGGGUGCAUGAAGUGCUGCGUGUCUACGGCGAUCGCUUGGUGGAGGAUGCGGAUCGCACUUGGUUAUUUGGCAAGUUGUGCACCACAGUGCAGGAUUCUUUUAAUAUCGAUCCGACACGAUUGUUUGGCCGUCUUGUGGCCAAGGAUAAGAAGCUGGAGGAGGCAGAUUUUCGACAGUUGAUCUAUUGUGAUUUCACGAACCCCAAGGCAGACACCAAGAACUAUGUGGAGGUGCAGGAUCUGGAGGAGUUGCGCAGUGUGGUGGAGGCCUAUCUUGUUGAAUAUAAUAACAUGUCGAAGAAACCAAUGAAUCUGGUGCUAUUCCGCUUUGCCAUCGAGCAUUUGUCGCGCAUAUGUCGCAUCAUAAAGCAGCCACGUAGUCAUGCUCUGCUCAUCGGUGUCGGCGGCUCCGGGCGCCAGAGCUUGACUCGACUGGCUUCGCAUAUAUGCGACUAUGAGCUGUUCCAAGUGGAAAUCACUCGAUUGUAUGGUCCUUAUGAGUAUCAUGAGGAUAUUAAAUUAAUAUUACGCAAGAUCGGUGCGUCCGAAAUGCAUGGCGUUUUCCUCUUUACGGAUGUCCAGAUCAAAGACGAGUCGUUCCUGGAGGAUAUCAAUAAUCUGUUGAACUCGGGCGAGGUGCCCAAUCUGUUCACUAACGAGGAGAAGAUCGAGGUGGUCGAGAAGAUGUCGCAAAUCGACAAGCAGCGCGACAAAGCCGUUCAAACCGACGGCAGUCCCGUGGCCCUAUUUAAUUUCUUUGUGACGACCUGCAAGGAGCAGCUGCACAUUGUGCUGGCCAUGUCGCCCAUUGGCGAUGCGUUGCGCAAUCGCAUUCGCAAGUUUCCCUCGAUCGUCAAUUGCUGCACCAUCGAUUGGUUCCAGCCCUGGCCAGAGGAUGCUCUACUCGCGGUGUCUACACGCUUUUUGGCCUCUGAGGAUCUUACUGCUCUGGAGCGGAAGACAGCCAUUGACAUGUGCAUGGAGUUCCAUACCUCGACGCAGGAACUUUCGGCGAAAUUCUUCACGAGAUUGCAUCGUUACAACUAUGUGACGCCCACAUCGUAUUUGGAAUUGAUUCAGACAUUCAAAUCGCUGUUGAGUCAGAAGAGAAACAACAUUACCACGAAUCGCAAUCGCUAUUUGACGGGUAUUUCGCAGCUGGACAUUGCUGCCCAACAAGUGGGUGUAAUGCAGGAACAAUUGCAGGCACUCGAACCCAAACUGAAGGAAGCCUCCGAAAUUGUGGCCGAACAGGUGGCCAAAGUGACGGCCGACAGCAAAGUGGCUGCAGAGCAGCGGGAGCUGGUCAAACUCGAUGAACAGGCGGCCAAGGAGCAGGCAGCUGUGGCUCAGGAGAUCAAGGAUGAAUGCGAUGCCAAGUUGGGCGAAGCGUUGCCCAUUUUAGAGGCUGCUCUGUCGGCUUUAAAUACGCUCACCACCGCUGACAUUGCUGUGGUGAAGACGAUGAAGAGUCCGCCCAUUGGUGUGCGCAUUGUGAUGGAAGCUGUUUGCAUUCUGAAGGACAUGAAGCCGGACAAAGUGCCCAAUCCCAGUGGCGUGGGCACUGUGGAAGAUUACUGGGGUCCCUCGAAGCGUGUGCUGAGCGACAUGAAGUUCCUCGACAGCUUGCUUAACUUUGACAAAGAUAAUAUUCCGCCUGAGGUGAUGAAGAAGCUGCAACAGCGCAUUCUCAGCAACGAAGCCUUCGAUCCGGAGAAGAUCAAGUCAGCGUCCACGGCCUGCGAGGGUCUUUGUCGCUGGGUCAUUGCGCUGUCCAAAUACGAUGUGGUGGCCAAGAUUGUGGCACCCAAAAAGAUUGCUCUCGCCGAGGCUGAAGCUACUUAUAAUGCUGCCAUGAAGCUGCUCAACGAGAAGUUGGCGCAAUUGGCGCGAGUCGAAGCAAAUUUGGCGGCUAUUCAAAAGAUACUCGACGAGCAGUUAAGGCAAUAUGGCAUACUUCUAGCAGAGCACGAGGCUUGCACCAAGAAGUUGCAACGUGCCCAGGAACUCAUCUCGGGCUUAGGAGGCGAACGCACUCGUUGGUCCGAGUCGGCGAAGAACUUGCAGGCGAGCUUCAAGAGCGUCACUGGCGAUGUGCUCAUCUCGUCGGGUGUUGUCGCCUAUUUGGGUCCCUUCACUAUUGAUUUUCGUGUGAAACAAAUUCGCAAAUGGGUCACCAAGUGCAUCGAUUAUGGCGUCACCUGCACUCCAGACUUUCAGCUAGCCACAGUGCUGGGCGAAGCUGUUGAGAUUCGUUUCUGGAAUAUUUGCGGACUGCCCACGGAUGCUUUUUCUGUGGAGAGCGCCAUUAUGAUGAAAAAUGCACGACGCUGGCCUUUGAUGAUUGAUCCGCAGGGACAGGCCAAUAAAUGGAUAAAGAACUACGAGAAGAACAACAAAUUGUGUGUGAUUCGAUUGAAUCAAGCGGAUUACACGCGUGUCCUCGAGAAUGCCAUACAAUUCGGUUUGCCCGUGCUGCUCGAGAACAUUGGCGAGGAAUUGGAUCCCAUACUGGAGUCCAUAUUGCAAAAGACACUGUUCAAACAGGGCGGCACAUUGUGCAUCAAGCUGGGCGAUUCAGUGAUUGAGUACAAUCACAGUUUCAAAUUCUACAUGACCACAAAGCUUCGAAAUCCUCACUAUUUACCCGAGGUGGCUGUCAAGGUGACGCUGUUGAAUUUCAUGAUUACCACACAGGGAUUGCAGGAUCAAUUGUUAGGCAUUACGGUGGCCAGAGAACGUCCCGAUUUGGAGGCCGAAAAGAAUAAUUUGAUUGUGCAGGGCGCUGAGAAUAAACGCAUGUUGAAGGAGACCGAAGAUCAGAUAUUGGAGGUGCUGUCAUCGGCCGAGAAUAUACUCGAGGAUGAGACGGCUGUGCAGAUCUUGAGCUCAGCCAAAGCUCUGGCGAAUGACAUUAGCGAAAAGCAAAUUAUCACGGAAGCUACAGAGAAACAAAUCGAUCUGGCACGUCUCAGUUAUGUGCCCAUUGCGGAGCAUUCGACAAUUCUAUUCUUUACCAUAGUGGAGCUGGCCAACAUUGAUCCCAUGUAUCAGUACAGUUUGGUGUGGUUUGUCAACCUUUACAUGGGCUCAAUUGACAACACGGAAAAGGUCGAUGAUAUUACGGCACGUUUGGCCGACUUGAGGAAUCAUUUCACAUACAGUUUGUACGUCAACAUUUGCCGCAGUCUAUUCGAGCGUGAUAAGCUCUUGUUCUCGCUCAUAUUGAACAUCAAUCUGAUGAAGCAUGACAACCUGAUUGACAACGCCGAAUGGAUGUUUCUCCUGACUGGUGGCAUUGGCCUCGAGAAUCCCCACAAGAAUCCCGCUCCCUGGCUGGGUGUACAAAACUGGGAUGAGAUUUGUCGGCUCUCCAAUCUUGCCAGCUUUAAGGGAUUGCGCGAAGAUGUGGCCGCCAAUUCAGCCAGCUGGAAACAGCUCUUCGAUGCGAAAACACCCCAGGAUAAUGCGUCCAUACCCAAGGACUGGGCCAGCCGACUGUCUAUCUUCCAGAAGCUGCUGUUGUUGCGCUGCUUCCGGCCCGAUAAAUUGGUGCCAGCUGUGUUGAAUUUUGUCACCAGCGAACUGGGUCAAAAGUUUGUGGAUCCGCCACAGUUUGAUUUGAGUGCCUCCUUUGGCGACUCGCAUUGUUGUGUGCCUUUGAUAUUUAUUUUAACACCCGGCUCGGAUCCAACGGCCACUUUACUCAAGUUCGCCGAGGAUCAAGGCUUCGGUACGAAUCGUUUGUUUUCACUGUCCCUGGGCCAAGGCCAGGGACCGAUUGCCAUCAAGAUGAUCGACGAGGGCGUCAAGCUGGGCAAUUGGGUUGUGCUGCAGAAUUGCCAUUUGGCUGCCAGUUUUAUGCCUUCGCUGGAGAAAGUCUGCGAGAAUCUGUUGCCCGACUCAACGCAUCCGGAUUUCCGUUUGUGGCUAACCUCGUAUCCGGCUGAACAUUUCCCCGUUGUGGUGCUGCAGAAUGGCAUCAAAAUGACCAAUGAACCGCCCAAGGGAUUGCGUUCGAAUAUCCUGCGUUCGAUGCUCAGUGAUCCGAUCAGUGAUCUCGAGUGGUACGAGAGUUGCACUCAGCCACGCAUCUUCAAGCAGUUGAUCUAUUCGCUGUGCUUCUUCCAUGCGGUGAUACAAGAGCGUCGCUACUUUGGACCCAUUGGCUGGAAUAUUCCCUACGAGUUCAAUGAGACGGAUCUGCGCAUUUCGCUGAUGCAGCUGCGGAUGUUCCUCAAUCAGUAUGAGACCGUAAACUAUGAUGCUUUGCGCUAUCUGACGGGCGAGUGUAAUUAUGGUGGUCGAGUUACUGAUGAUUGGGAUCGUCGCACUCUCAAGACCAUCUUGGAUCGUUUCUAUUGUCCGGCUGUGAUUGAUCUGGAGAAACCGUAUUAUUUGGAUGAUUCGGGCUUGUAUUAUGUGCCUGUGUUUAAGGACGUUGAUUUGUAUUUGAAUUUCACGCGUGAAUUGCCGCAAAUUUCGGCGCCAGCUAUUUUUGGUUUCCAUGCGAAUGCGGACAUCAUGAAGGAUCAGCAGGAGACGGACAUGUUAUUGUCUCACACGCUGCUCACACAGGACACCAGUGGCAGCAAGGACGAUAGCGAGGGUUCCAAGGCAUUGACGCCUGAGGAGGUGGUCACCAAUGUGGCCACCGAUAUACUGGAUAAGUUGCCCAAAUUGUUUGAUCGCGAGGCGGCCUUGUUACGUUACCCAACGCGCUACAAUGAGAGCAUGAACACGGUGUUGGUGCAGGAAAUGGUGCGUUUCAAUGUGCUGCUGAAUACCAUCAGAACGAGCCUUAUUACGUUGCGAAAGGGUAUCAAGGGUCUCGUCGUAAUGUCCGCUGCUGUUGAGGCCGUGUACAAGUCGGUGCUGAUUGCCAAAAUUCCAGGGAUGUGGGCCAGCAAAUCGUAUCCGAGCCUCAAGCCACUUGGCAGCUAUGUCACGGACUUUUUGCGUCGCCUCGAAUUCCUGCAGCAUUGGUAUGACCAUGGAGCUCCAUCGACCUUUUGGCUGUCAGGCUUCUUCUUUACCCAGGCAUUCUUGACGGGCGCCCAACAGAAUUAUGCUCGCAAGUAUGUCAUCUCCAUCGAUCUGUUGGCCUUUGACUAUGAAGUGCUCUCGCUGGAGGAGCAUCAAAUCAAAGGACUCUCCGCACCCGACGAUGGUGUCUACGUCUAUGGCAUCUUCUUGGAGGGCGCCUGCUGGGAUCGUAAGAAUAAAUAUCUGGCUGAGUCACGACCACGUGAACUCUUCGACACGAUGCCACUUAUCUGGUUGCGUCCCUUGAAACGCACCGAUCUCCCAGAGCGUCACAGUUACACGUGUCCCAUGUACAAGACGGCGGAGCGUCGUGGUGUUUUAUCCACCACAGGACACAGCACGAAUUUUGUUGUUGCCAUGCUGUUGAGCUGCAAUCCAAACACUCCAAUCGCCCAUUGGAUUAUACGUGGCACAGCGUUGCUUUGUCAGCUGAGUUUCUAAAUUGCGUUGAACAGCACUCGAAGCGUAGAGACUGCAAUAUAUAUUUUCUGUAAGUAUAGACAAAAAAACAUUCAUUAGCUCAAUUGUGUACAGA